CUCGCUGGAUGCCGCGACGGCGCCCUUGCUGACCGCCCUGGCUCUGGGCGCGGUCGUUGCCGCGACGGGGGAGGUCACCUUGGCGGGUCUGCCCAGCCUGGUCGCGUUCGUGGCGCCAGUCGGCCAUGCCCGCCUCGGGUCGCCCAAGGCCUGCCCGGUGCGCGGCGGGCCGCUGGCGCAUGCGCUCGCGGGCCCGGGGGCGAACCGCGGGAAUUUCGCGCCCGCCAGGGUGCGCGCGAAGGUUCGCCAGGCGUCGCUGGAGCUGGGGCUGCUGAUGGAGUCCCCGUCCACGUGCGUUCUCCGCCAGAUCGCCCUCGUCCAGGCCGCGGCGCCUGUCCCGCGGGCCGCGAAGCUGGCGCUUGUUCUGAUCA